AUGUCUUCCUCUCCCGCCAAGUCGACUCUCAAGUCGGCCUCGAAGGCGGACUCAAAGUCCAGCCUCCAGACAAACCUUCAAGAGACCGGUAAAACAGUUGAUGAUGCCAUCAAAGUCCUGAAGCCCGCCGAGCUCAGAAUCCUCUUGAUCGGGCAGCUCUACACCGACCAGGCGAUCAGGGUCGACUACGCAAAGCUAGCUAGCAAGCUCGGCUACACCCCCGGCAGAGCCCGUACCGUCUGGAACAAUGCCCGCCGCAAGCUCACCGACUCCCUUGACGCCAUCGAGGGUGCUUCCCCUUCCCCUAAUAAGAUACGCCGCGCUGGCCGCAAGAAGGCCAAGACCCCUACCCCCUCUGAUGAGGAAGAGAAGGUUGCUGUGGACGACGAUGAGGCCGAGGAUGACAACUCCGAUUAG